UCUCAUCAGGAUCUCAGCAUCAGCAUUCAGCGCGUGCUUAUCUCGCUGUCUGCCUGGAGGGUAUGUGUUCGUGGCGGUAUCCUGUUGCUGUCACGUUGAGCCUGCCGUCAGUUUGAAUCUUGCGAUUCGUCGGGACGGUUUUGCCAAGUUGUUUGGUGCAGCUUCCGGAGCCGGUGUACGGCAUACGGUGGCGUUCUAGUGCGAUUCGUGUGCUUUUAGAAGCUGCUCGGAGCUAUGGUAGUGUGAGGUAGUGUGUUGCUAGUACAUUUGCAGUACAGGUUGCUUCUGGUAUGUGUUGUGUGGAGUGAACAAAAUGGCAAAAUAGCGUGGCAGUGUAGACACACACACACACAAAACGGUGCAGUGCAGAAGUGAUGUUGAAACAGGGUGAAAAAUAAAAGAAAGAGAGAGUGAGUACAAAAAAGUGUGCCAAUCAGUCAGUGUUGAAGAAAGCUCCGUGGCAGUGUGAAGUGAAAAAAGCCAAGAGAAUGAAAAUAAAAACCUUCCCCCCCGCAUGCAGCAGUCCUGUCAAGCAGUUGAAUAAUUAAUUACGCAAGAAGAAUAGAGGUUCGCCAAACUGAAACGCCGCACCAGUUUAGUGAAGUGUGAUUGGGAUAGAAACGAGCCGGAAAAGGAAGGAAGUAGGUUGGUUGCUAGCUGCGAGCUUGUCAAAGCAUAAUUGGCAUUUGCUCUCGCUCGAUGGCGAUUCUGUGAAAAAGUGUUCGUGUGAGUGUAUAAGAAUGCAGCUACUGUGUGUCUUGUGAGUAACCACUGCUGCCACGAUUGAUUUCUGCGAGCAAAUAACAUUUAAAAUUCCAUAAAUAAACUAGCCCCCAGUGGUUGGGCAUUUGUUUUGCGAGUGUGGUACGGGAAAACAAAACCAGAAGAAGGUUCAUCUUCUUGCCUGCGGUGCAACAUGUAACGGUGCAACGCUGCCAUUCCGUGCUGCCUAACUGCGAAAUGUUUCCGCUGGCACGAACCAACAGCAGCAGCCCAACAAUGCACCGACAGGUGUAGCAACGUUCAGCGGGGUUGGUGAGGAGAAGUAACGCUAUCGUGCUCGGCUGCCAUUAGGAGGGUCGUCGAACACCGUCCGUCGCUGCACAGUGUAGUGGAGUGAAAAGUACGCGCGCAGAAGGGGCCCAACCACGCACACGUCUAUGCCGUUGGCGGGCGCGUCCAAAACCAAUAAUGGAUGUACGCGGACUCGCCCAGGGCAUUCUGCUGCUGCACAUUCUCAAAGGCGUCAUUCUGCUCGAUCUCCAGGGGCCGGUGUUUUUGGCCGAACCACCGUACAAGGUAGAAUUCUCCAACAACUCUGGCGGCCUCAUCGACUGUACCGGACAUGGCAGCCCGCCACCGGAUGUCGAGUGGUCGGUAGCGACCACCAAUCACGAGCUGGUCUACACGCUGCCAAACGGAAGUCUGAUUUUUUAUCCAUUUUCUGCGGACAAAUUUCGUCACGAAGUUCACUCCACAGUGUAUAGAUGUAAAUUAAAAAACUUAGUCGGCACUAUCUUAAGCCGGGAGGUGCACGUCAAAGGAGUUGUGAACCAAAAGUACAACAUCCAGGUGCACGAUGAGUACGUGAUGUCGGGCAAUACGGCCGUUUUAAAGUGUCAGGUGCCAAGCUACAUCCAGGAUUACGUGGUAGUGACGGCCUGGGUGCAGGACUCGGGCGUUCAUCUGUACCCCAACUCGGACAUUGGCGGCAAGUACAUCGUCCUGUCGAAUGGCGAUCUGUACAUCAACAAUGCUGGGGCAAGUGAUGCGUACAAAACGUACUCGUGCCGAACUGUAAAUAGACUCACAGGUGAAAUACAAAUUUCAACAUAUCCAGGUCGAGUGAUAGUGACCGAGCCGAAGGGACUAGUACAACCUAGAAUUAACGUGGAGAAACAUUCGCUCAAGCACGUGGUGGUGAAUGCACCGGUCACGCUGCCCUGCGUCGCCCAGGGCCACCCGGUACCGACCUACCGGUGGUUCAAAGAGGUGAAGGACCAGAUCAUGCCGCUGCCGCUGAACGAGCGCAUCAGCAUCGUGUCGGCGGGCCUGCUCAAGAUCGCCAAGGCCCGGCUCGAGGACAGCGGGAAGUACCUCUGCUGGGUGAACAAUACCGCCGGCGAGGAAACGAUCCAGGUGUCGCUGACGGUGACGGCACCGCUGACCGCCCACCUGCAGCCCCAGGUACAGACGGUGGACGUCGGGAAGGAUGCCCAGUUCCAGUGCAUCAUAUCCGGCUUUCCGGCGCACGAGGUGCUGUGGAUGCACAACGGCAAACCGAUCGUGCGGGACAGCCGGAUCGAAAUCUACACCGACGUGCCGCGGAUCGUGAUCAAGAACGUGCAGAAAGAGGACCAGGGCAUGUACCAGUGCUUCGUCGCGAACGAGUGGGAGCAGAUACAGUCCACGGCGGAGCUGCAGCUUGGUGAUGCUACCCCGGAGUUGCUGUACUGGUUCUCGGAACAGACGCUCCAGCCGGGCCCGACCGUAUCGCUCAAGUGCGUGGGUACCGGUAACCCACCGCCGCAGUUCACUUGGAAGUUGGACGGUUUUCCGAUCCCCGACAGUCCCCGGUUUGUCGUCGGCCAGUACGUCACCAUCCACGACGAUGUCAUCAGUCACGUGAACAUUUCCAACGUGAAGGAAGAGGACGGUGGCGAAUAUACGUGCGUGGCGCAGAACAGCAUCGGAAGAGUGUCACACAGUGCCAAAGUGAACAUCUACGGGCUUCCAUACAUACGCGAGAUGCCGAAAAUUACGGGCGUCUCGGGGCACGACCUCAUCAUCAAGUGUCCCGUCGCCGGCUACCCGAUCGACAAGAUCCACUGGGAGCGGGACGGUCAAACACUACCCAUCAAUCGACGCCAACGGGCCUACAACAACGGCACACUCAUCAUCGAACAGCUACAGCUGGCAGAGGACGCUGGCACGUACACCUGUAUGGCGCAGAACAAGCAGAAGCAAACGGCUCGACGCAACGUCGAGAUACAGGUGAUAGUGCCGCCCAAGAUUAUGCCCAUCCAAGCGAUGACGAACAUGCUGCGCGAAGGUAUGCGGGCAGCCAUCUCGUGCCAAAUCCUCGAGGGUGAUCUGCCAGUCAACUUUCGCUGGGAGCGCAACGGUAAACCGGUGCUUGGGACGGGCAACGAGGUGAUUCGGCGGCUGGACGAGUACAGCACGAGCCUGGUGAUCGAGCACAUUACGUCCGAGUACUCGGGGAACUAUACGUGCAUCGCGAGCAAUGUGGCGGGCAGCGAGAGCUUUACCGUGCCGCUGACGGUGAACGUGCCGCCGAAGUGGAUACUGGAGCCGAAGGAUUCGAGUGCCCAGGCCGGGCAGGACGUGGCACUGCACUGUCAGGCCGGGGGCCAUCCGCAGCCGACGGUGACGUGGAAGAAAGCGAUCGGCAACACGCCCGGGGAGUAUAAGGACUUUCUGUACGAGCCGAACGUGUCGCUGCACACGAACGGGACGCUACAGUUUCGCAAGAUCGCGAAAGAUUCGCAGGGCCACUUUCUGUGCGAGGCGAAGAACUCGAUCGGGACGGGUGUUAGCAAGGUUAUCUUCCUGAAGGUUAAUGUACCUGCCCACUUUACGACGAAAAACAAACAGAUCACCUCGCCGCGCAACAAGCAAAUCCACAUCCAGUGCAACGUGCAGGGCGACAACCCGAUCGACAUCAAGUGGAAGAUGCAGAGCUCCCAGCAGCAGCUCGACGAAUCGCUCGACAACCGGUACAACAUACGCGAGCAGGUACUGGACGACGGCAUGGUGUCCGAGCUCGGCAUCUCCCACACCUACCGGCAGGACACGGGCGUCUACAUCUGCCAGGCGUCGAACGCGUUCGGCCAGGACGAGAUGUCGAUCCAUCUCGUCAUCCAGGAGGUGCCCGAAGCGCCCAAAAACCUGCGCAUCAACUCGCAGCAGUCGCGCACGCUGCAGCUCUCCUGGAGCCAACCGUUCGCCGGCAACAGCCCGAUCGAGAAGUACAACGUGGAGUACAAGCUGGUGACGGAUUCGUGGCAGUCGGCCGAGCAUAUCACCGUCGCUGGGACGCAGACGGUCAUAACGCUGCAAAACCUGAAGCCCGCCAAAGCGUACCAUCUGCGCAUCUCGGCCGAAAACAAGCUCGGUGCGUCGGAGUACUCGGAAGUGAUACAGGUUACGACGCUGGAGGAAGUUCCCUCGGGACCGCCACUCAACAUUAAAGGAGAGCCGAAGAGUUCGACGGAAAUUUUCCUCUCCUGGGAAGCACCGGACCGGGAUCAGUGGAAUGGGAACCUUUUGGGGUACUACGUUGGCUACCAGAUCGCCGCCAGUCCCAAUGAUCGUGACAUCAAUCCGACGCAAGGCUUCAACUUCAAGACGGUUGAAGUGCGCAGUCACUUUGGUGGUGAGACAACGCUACAAAACUUGAACAAGUGCACGACGUACAACAUAGUGGUGCAGGCGUAUACUAGCCAGGGCAGUGGACCGCCUAGCAAAGAGAUAUCGCUCGGUACGCUGGAAGAUGUACCUUCGAGCGCACCCGACAGUCCAAAGUGUGAUGUGCUGAGUUCGACCUCGAUCUACAUCACCUGGUCGCCGCCACCGGUCGAUGGGCAGAAUGGAAAGAUCCGUGGCUACAAGGUAUCCUACAUUGAGAUGGACGAUCUUUACGAGAAGGAACCGUAUACAUCGAAAACGAACAAUCAGUAUCUGACGUUAGAAAACCUGAAGAAAUUCACCAACUACACGUUCUGGGUGUUGGCAUUCACCAAGGUGGGCGACGGUGUCCGAACCAAUCCGUUCCAUUGCAUCACCCAGGAGGAUGUACCGAGUGCUCCCAGUGCCCUCAAAGCAGUCCCUUCAUCCAGCACCAAGAUCAUCAUCUCCUGGCUACCACCAGCCCACCGUAAUGGUCUCAUCACCGGCUACACCUUUUACAUGCAGCUCGUCGACGGUGGCCGUGACGAGGGUACGCACAAGCGCUCCCUAGUACCGUACGCCGAAAGCCACGAAACGGUACGCUUGCAGGAGCACGCCACCUAUCAGUUCUGGCUGACAGCCUCCACCAAGGUAGGGGAGGGUGAAAAAUCCGAAGUGAUCACCGUUCCUCCCAAUAACAAAGUCCCAGCCCGGAUCGUUUCCUUCAGCCAGGAGAUUGUAACGCCGUGGAAGGAAACACUGAUCCUACCCUGCCGGAAGGUGGGUGUACCGGCACCCGUGACCAUCUGGCGGCAGGACGACCAGCCGAUGGAUACGGGGACGCGCAAGCUAAUUGCCAAAAACGGCACCCUCUACAUCAAGGACUGUCAGCACUCGGACGCGGGCAACUAUACGUGCAGUGUGGAGAACACCUGGGGCAGGGAUGAGAUCGUGUACCGCAUCCGGAUCCGGGUGCCACCCGAUCCACCGACACUGACGAUCGUCAACACCUACACCGACAGUCUGCUGCUCGAGUGGACGGACAAUCGGAACGGUGGCUCGCCGGUGCUCGGGUACGUGAUCAACUACAAGCGCGAGAACGGUGACUGGGAGGAGCUACAGAUCGACUCGAAAACCAACACACACCUGCUGGUGAAUCUGUGGUGCGGUACGCGCUAUCAACUCUACAUUACAGCGUACAACAAGAUUGGAACUGGAUUGCCGUGCGAUAUUGUGCACUCGCACACGAAAGGACUUCCUCCGGUACAACCAAAACAUUCACAGAUGAUAACGAACAACUCAACGAGCGUGACGUGCUGGCUCGAUUCGUGGGGCGAUGGUGGAUGUGGGAUACUGCACUUUUCGAUCGAGAACCGACUGUACGGGCGAUCGCAGUGGAACAUGAUCGCUAGCCAUGUGGAGGCGACGGAGCGAAUCUUUACCGUGACGGAUCUGCAGCCGGCAACAAAGUAUCAGCUGCGUGUGACGGCGUACAACAAUGCCGGUGCUACGAUGGCCGUCUACAACUACACCACGCUGACUGCACAGGGAGUGAUGGUGUAUCCGGAUAUAACGAACCCAGUGUCACCGCACAUGGGUGAGAAUCCGUUCUAUGCCAACGUGAAGGUGAUCUUGCCACUCUGUCUAUCCAUUCUGAUACUGUUCGCGCUCGUUGCUGCGGCCCUACUCAUACGCAAGCGAAAGCUAAACAACCAGAACCGCAUCCCAUCCACCUCGAUGUCGGAGUCACCGUCGAUCGCCAACAUUCAGAACAAGCACAACCGGGACCAGCAGUACCUAGCGGUGCGGGCUCAGCAAGCGAGCCGGAACAGUAACUCCGUUGACUCGGGCAGCUACAAAGCCGAGGGAAAUGAGUAUAUUGAAGACAUUUGCCCGUAUGCAACCUUUCAGCUGAACAAGCAAACGUACAGCGAAAGUUCAUACAGUGGAAAUGUCUACAGUGGACCAUAUCACUCGGUAAGAGGAUCAUUUGUGUAUCAUGAUGUUAAAACCGAAAGCUAUCAUAACAAAGAGCCCGAAUACACGAAAGUGCGCAGAAAGGGCGGAUCUCGGCUCCGAGAUCCGGCCACCUCGGAACCAAUAGAUAUAAAUCAAUUUAUAGAAUCAGACAAUCCCGGAUCCACAGAUUCCGAAGUUAGGAAGAUACUAACACUUCAUAUACCGAUUACAGAAUAUGAUACACUCGGUUCCGAAUCUGACAACGAUAUUGCCUCGCGCUCCAACCAGUCCAACUACCGUCACCAUCGUGACACGCAAGACGAAACGUCUUCGUCUAGCGAAAACUCUCCCUCGAGCAUAUCGAGAAAAUCCAAACCACCCUAUCCACCGAGAAAGUCUGCCAAAGCACAGUCGCAAAACCUACCGAAGCGGCAUGUGCGUAGCUCUAGCGGGUACUCUAGCCACAACGAAGAAACUACUUUCAGUAUAUCGAACUAUCCCAACUAUUCCGAUCACAUAACACCGCCGGCCCGGUUUUCGGACCUGCUCGGGCGGGACGCCACGCUCGCAGUGUCGUCCGUGAACCCAUCCAGCCUGGGCAGCGCGACCGAGAUCGGUAGCAACGUGGUGGGCAAAAAGUCGAGCAACCAUUCGCCCCGGCCCCGUGCCGGCCAGAAACUGCAGCGGGAAGCGUUUCAGAUAAAUGUGUAAAAAUGUGCGACGACCCGCGGCGAGGUUGAAGUCGUCCUCGAUCGCAUCAUUCCACAACGAUCCACAAAGGACUGAAUCAAGGGGAGAGGACGUUAGUGUUUAGUGUGCCCGGGAGAUCUUCCCCUUUCACGAAUACCAAAGACAUUGUGUGUGGAACGUUUCUACACAUGUGUCCGCACAUAAUCAUCGGAUGCCCGCCACGUGAGCAGUGAGUUCACCCCCAACACGCAUGCCAAAACACAUUGUACUGAACGACAGCCAUCAUCAUGCGCCCUUUCGGAGAAUGCGAACGUUUUAUACGUAUAUUUUUUAUAGACUAACUAACUUCGCUGCAUCGCGCAAGCAAAAGGGCACGAUCUCACACCAAUGCAUGCACUGGAAAUAAUUUUGCUUUACCAAAAACAACCAACAAAGUCAAAUCCCAAAAGGAAAAGAAAACCUAAAUGAAUAAGAGAAUUGAACAAAAACAAAAUUGGAAAACAAGAGAGCAGCGUAAAAUACAAAGAAAAACUAAUUACAAAAACAAAACAAAAAAGACAGAAAGAAAUACAAAGCGAGUAAGAGAAGAGCAUACAAAAUAAAAGACAAAAAAGAAAAGACAGACGAAAAAACGCAAACACACAAGCGCUAGCAAAAUUGAUAGUAAAAUAAACCAACACAAGACCAUUACAAAGCAUACCAAAACCCAGCAUAAAACGAGAAAAUUAUAAGAUGAAAUAAGAAAAUAAGAGACAUAGCGAAAACUUCCCCUAAUUAGAUAGUAUUGUUGCCAAAAAAGAGGAGACAAAAACAAGCGCGAAACAAAUUGAUUAGCACUUAACACACAAAAAAACGAGGCCCUUACACUCUAAAAGAGGCGUAGACUAAUCGAAGGAAGAAUGGAAUGGAUCUUUCUCUCAACCACACUCUUAACUGAUCGGCUUAACGUUACUCCCAAAACGCCUCUUCAUUGCGUACUGUUACGUUUGUGAAACUCUCUUCCGUAUAGUUUACUGCGCGCCGCGUGCGUCUGUCUGUCCACCUAUCCUUCCACAGGUGGUUGCCAAAACUGGACCAAAGCCAUCAAUCACCGGCUCCGGGUGAAUAGUAACUUUUUUCCCCCUGUAUAUCCGUUUGUAGGUUACAUCCAAUUUUACAAUUUUGCUAUUUGUUACUGGGAAGUAGAUGAUGAGAUAUGGAGGGAAAGGAGAGAGGAGGGUUACAUGUUUACAGGGUUGCUCAACUACUGCGCGAAGAGCAUAAAGCGUUGAACAAAAAGCUUCCAGUUAAAGUCCCACACACGUGGUACCAAAAGUGAACAACACACACACAGGCACACAGACACACAAGAGAGAAAAACGGAUCAUUCACGCUUGUUACGAAGAGCACUUGUUAUGAAUUGGUAACAAUUGAGCCCUUUAAAAGGGUAGCAAAGAAGAGGGAACCCUACCAAACAAUCAAGUUGAUCGAAUCGGAGGGUCUUACUGUGUAGAAGUUAAGAGCGGAACCCCAUAAAACGCUGGCAACGAUGGGGAAGCGUACUUCCUUUUUUUUUGUUUUAAAUAGUGUUUAAAAAAUGACACUUUCUUAAACAACAUUCACUGUGUAUAUAAUGAAAUCGAAUUGAAUAACGAACCACACGAAACAGCGAACUAAAAACAAAAAACACAGACAACGGCACGAUAAACCCAAGAACAUGCAAGCAUAGAACAUUGUUUUUUGGUUGUCUUCUUUUAGUUUUUGAACAUUUUUACCAUUUUAGCAGUGCCUUGUACCAUCAAUAGAGAGAUACGCUCAUUGCUUCUCGCUGCAUUGCAUACGAUGCACUUCCAAAUUGUAGCUCAAGCGCUUAUUCUUCCGUGUCUUGUGUCAAGUUUCACGAAUUUUCUUUCAAAUUAAUUACAAAAAAAUGCAUACUAGCUUCUUUACAUUGAAGCUUUUGACAUUGCUAUGCCUCAUAUUGAGUAGGAAAGCAUCUCCAACAAUAACAUAUCCGCACUGAGUGUAUUAACUCAAAUAUUCAAAAAACCAUUUCUUUUGUGCGUUAUUUCGUUCAACUUCUUUUCAACAAAAGCUAUUGUACUAACGAGCCAACAAAGCAAGUGUUUGCACGGUUAAGACAUAAACUAAAAUAGAUAAACCCUACACCUUCCAACAAAAGACAUACACAAACUAACAAACACCUAGAACUCCGUGAAGUACUAAGUACCCCGUGUUAGGCUGUAAGUGUUGGGCCCAUGUUGGGCGGUAAUAAGCAGUCCGUCGCAUUGCCGGCCUCGAUGCGUGUAUGCAAAAGCCCUAGCCCUAAACCGUAAACGUAAAUGAAGUAAACCAAUGAGACAAUAUCGAAUGAACCCAUUCCAGGUGUGUGUGUGUGCGUGUGUAGCAGCAAGAAAAACGGGCGGCAAUAGUACCGAUCCCGUUUCCUUUUUGCGUGCGCGAAUCUGUUUCGUUAAGUUGCUGAGCGCGUGUUUUCGUUUCGCAAAAGAGAGAGAGAAAGAAAAA